CUGCAGGAUCGAAGAUUCAGCUCCACUUCAUGCUCAGCUUCUGCCCCUUGGAGAACUGAUGGAAGAAGCCACGAGUACCCUAGCUUCUGUUGGUUGAAGGGACAGCAGGGGGAGACUGAUGGAAGAGGAGACAAGAGAAUGACAGCAGAAAGAGACAGAUAGAGAAUUUGGAAGGGCUACAAGAAUAAGCACAAUGGGAAAAACCUGGUUAGAGACUUGGAGCAAUUCUGCUGAGUGUCGUUCUGGAUUACUGAAAGAAAACUCAACACACAGGUCUUCUCAUCUGCUGAUUAAUUGUGUUGGAAGCAAUUGAAUUAAAUAGCUAUCCCAAAAGGAAGAGAAGAAACACUUACAGAAGAAGCAGGAAUACAUAGAAGAUGUCUAUGAUCAGUACGUUGCCAUUUUUCAAAUCCUCUUAUCUCAGAUCUUCACAAAACUCCCUUGGGAGCCAGCGUCGACACACUCUUCCUGCAAGUGAAUUCCGGUGUCUCACACCUGAAGAUGCCAUUGGAGUGUUUGAAAUUGAGAGAGAAGCCUUUAUUUCAGUGUCAGAAGACUGCCCCCUCCACCUGGAUGAGAUUCGCCAUUUUCUGAACCUAUGUCCUGAGUUGUCGCUUGGCUUGUUUGAAGAAGGCCAACUAGUUGCUUUCAUUAUUGGCUCCCUCUGGGACCAGGAAAGACUCAGCCAGGAUGCGCUGACCCUACAUAAACCCCAUGGAACCAUAGUCCACAUACAUGUUCUGGCAGUACAUUGCACUUUCCGCCAACAAGGCAAAGGAUCCAUCUUGAUGUGGCGCUACCUACACUACCUAUGCUCUUUCCCUUAUGUGCGUCGAGCCACACUGAUGUGUGAAGACUUUCUCAUUCCCUUUUAUACUAAGUGUGGCUUUAAAGUGCUGGGCCCGUGUGAGAUCACUGUUGGUUCAUUAAAUUUCAUUGAGAUGAACUGCGCUAUUCGGGCUCAUGCAUUUAUGCGUAGAAAUAGUGGCUGCUGAGAUAUUUCCCCUUCUUGUUACUUUCCUACUAUCUGGUUAAAAAACAAAAUAAUAUCUGCUGUGAUUCUCAGUCCUUCAGGUGGAGUUGAAGUCUAAUGAAUCCAGGAGGUGCUAAAAGGCAAGACCUUGGGUGUCCAUAAGAGCCUUCUGAUUCAGCAGUAUCUAGCGAGUAAACCUGCUCAGUCUGAAAAGGAAGUAGUGAUAGAUCCCACCCUUUGAAAGUUUUGCCAUCGUUACUAUAUGAUGCUUCAGAGAGCUACAAGUGAUGAUGCACUGUAAGCUGCUACAGUCAUUCAAUUGUAAGAUACGAAGAAUGUAAAGAUUAUAGGCAUGGCUGCCUUUAAUAAUUAUAGCUAAGCCUCAGACUUCUCUCUUGUGUCUUGCACUGGUCAAGUUCUCACAUGUGAGUAAAGCUGUAAUGGUGUUUAGCAUAUUGUUGUUUAGUUUGAUGUGACUAGACCACUUUGCAUUGAGCAACCACGUGGAAAAAAAGUGUUAGGUGAGCAUUAUGUAUGAACAUAAUGACUGUAAAAUAAAAUAAGGAAUAAUGCAAUAAUUUGUUUUCUCAAAUUUAAACCAUGAAGGCAGCAAAACAUGAUAGCUGCUUGCAGUUCUAACUACUAAGAUUUUGUUGUAAAUUAGGAGUAUUGCAGAGAGUCAUUAUAAAUUAUGCAUUUUGCCAUUCAUGUUUCAUUAAUAAUAACAGUUCUAUUUACAGGAGGAGUUCAACUGCAGUGUGAACUCAUAAAAUCGGUUACUUUCAGAUUCAUAAUCUUUAAGCAACUAAAUGUAUUUAUACAAAACUUACUGUAAGUUAUUGCUUUUUGUUCACUGGAGUGCAAUUCAAUACCUUGUUAUACUGGUUGGUUUUAUGUAAUGGUAUAUAACUUCGUAUGUUUUAUAAAUAUACGCUCCCUUAGCGAUAAGGCCAUGACAGACUUCCUUCCGAGCAGAAUUCCUGUAAAAACAUCGUUUAAUUGCCCCUUAAUGCAUAUGAUGUGCAGUGAAUUCUACUUGUGAAGAUACCCUUGACACAGGAUGGAAGAGAAAAUAGAUGUACAGUGUGUUUUUGUCCUUGUAUAUAUGUGUGUCAUUGUUCAGUCCCAUCAGUUGUGAGUAAAGGGACAUCUUUGUGUGUAUAAAUUUUUCAUUUAAAGCCAGAUCAUCAUCUAUUUGCCUGCCAUCCUGUUGAUUUUAGAAAACUAGUAAUAACUUUUUAUCUAUAAAAAUGAGGUUGAUAACAAGCCUGAAGUCUAGAGAUUAGGCAGUGGAAUUAAGCAAGGGCCAAUCUGUUAAGCCAUCAAUUCCGCAGAAAGGCUACUAAUGUGCAUGAUACAGGUAGUUCUCCACUUCAGGCUGUUCAUAUAAAAAUGGUUCAAAGUUACGGUAGCUUUGGAAGAAGUGACUUACAACCUGUACCUGCAUUUAACAACAGUAACACCACCUUAGGGAUUCGUUUAACAACUGCUGUAAAAAUUGUCUGAUUCUGACUCAACUUACAAUGAAAAUUCCAGUCCCAAUUGUGCUCCUAAAUUGAGAACUACCUAUAUAAGUCAUAGUACAAUGAUAGAAAACUAGUUGGGAAAAAUAUUCUUUUCCAAUGUAGCAUAAGCUAAUCAGGGCUUUGCAAAACAUUUUGAGAUCCAAGGGGGUGGGGUUUUUCCCACAGUUGAAAUGGCCAUAUUUUGAAUAUAGGGUCAGAAUGCCUUUUACCACCCAUUGUUUGAACUUUAAAUUUUUAACUAAUCUGAUAUAGACAUGGGCAUUUUCUGAUGCAAUCUGGUCUACUUACCAUAACUGCAGUAGAAAUAAAAACAGAGCAAGGGAGGAAGUUAGGCAUUCUGCCUUCCUUAUGAACAGAGCAGGUGCCUGUUGGAUUUUUAUUAGUAUGGGACUGGGAAAAGGCUCUUUGUAGUAUAAGCCUAUCUACUAAAAGUAAACACUGCCAAAUUCUAUGAGAUUAGCUCCAAGGAAAAUGUUUAGAA